UAGCGUCAAGGACACGCCGAUCAGUCGCAAACGAAGUAUAAAACAAGGAAGACGCUAUACACGCUAUGGAAUUUUUAUUUGAAAUUAAAAAUCUCUCAGAAGAGCCGACGAUCAGGCUUCAGCAACUUCGAGAUCUGCAGGCGAAAUAUGCGCAGGAAGCGAGGGAGAAAAUCUAUCACGAAAUCAAAAUACGGAAAAAUCGAGGAAUCACUUUUAAUGAAUAUGUUGACGGAUUUGGCUUCCAAAAUUACUACACUUUGUGCAGAUCGGAAUUGGAGCGUUAUUUUAUAACCGGUAAAGAAUAUACAGCGCCGUCGAAAUUCGACAACCUGUUGACCUAUUCUGGGUUGAAAAUGCACGAUAUUUUAGUCUACACAAAAGCACACGCCAGGCCUAGCAUCGGUCAUGUGCAACCACAACCGACGUCGCCGGUAAAACAUAGUUCAGAAGAGCCAACACUAAGCUUCGAAGCCCUGAUGCUAGGGUACUACCCGCAUGUGACCAUUCAAGAAGCUCUGGGAGCUCCAUUUGAGAGCUCAUAUAAAUCGGUUUCGGAAAAGGUAAAAUAUCAAUCGUCUGCAGCGGGCAAUCAGAGAGGAAACAUCUUUGACCCGAUACUGGCCACAGGAGACAACUCUAUGACAGCGGCGAAGGUCAGCAAGAAGCAAAGUGUGGCGGCCAGGAUGGGCAAAUGGCUGAGACGUUUGUUUUCUUGCACCAAGAAGCCUGAGCUUACUGGCUGACUGUGUACCUUUUUUUAAAUAUAUCAAUUUUGUAUGAUUAAACCUUUAAAAAAGUUUUUGGGUAAAAUAAACAACCCGUUUGAACCCAAUACGCAUGUCGUUGUCUUAAUUUCUUGUUUGUUUGUCUAACAAUAAUUUAAACCCUGUGUAUGUUAACCACACAAACCGCGUAUUUCUUUGUAAUCAAUUGCCAGUGCGAACACACGCGUCAUUGUUCGUUCUCGUUUACCAACUUUAGUUUACAGAAUACAUACUUACUAUCUAUAUACAUUUUUCCGGCUAAAUUAAUAACUGUCCAAAAUAAAUUAUUUUCCCCAUUUACUGCCUGUAUAUUAAGUAGAAAGAUUAUAUUUACUUUAGCACAUCAAUAUUCAAUCAAUGUGCAUUUAAAAGAAUUGUUUUCAUUCAAAGUAUAUUAUUUGUGUAAGUGUUGCAUUUGAGUAAGUACAUAAUCAUGAAAAAAUAUCAAUACAAAACGCCAGAGCAAUAAAAGCUACCAGAAGCAUGCGAUACGUUUGUGGUGACGGAAUAUAUAUAUGUAUUGUCAUGACCCCAUGUUGACAUUUUUAUUAAAUAGGUCACGAGAACAUGUUUGUUUUUAUGACCAUGUUUUACAUUUUAAACUCUAUGUCAAGUGUUAUUUCUUAUUGCAUUCAAAACUAAACAUCUUAUUAUCAACAUCUACUAUGCUUAAUUUACCGUUUGUAUGGUUCAUAUCCGUGUAAAAUCCAUUUUUGUUGGUCACUACAAUCACAUGUUUGUAUAGACGCCAUAUUUAAAGGAAGUGACUUUUGACCUUUUGUUGAAUUAUGGGUAGUGUACAUUGACGACCUCUGUCAAACUUUGUCAGCAGACAGUUAAAUCUCGUAUUUUCGUACUAGAUUUAUACAUCAUGCGAAGGUUUGAUUUUUAUCAAAUAAUUACAGUCAUGUGUAUUUAUAUGUUCUAAACCUUAUUAUAAUGCUUAAAGAAACAUUUCCAGUCAUUUUAAUAAAGUUUUUACUGUUUAAACUUUAGGCGGUAACUCUGUUUAUUUUGAGGUGAUCGGUUACGCUCGGAAGACGCGCGGAUGGUGCGCGGUUGAGUUAUUGCUCGGAUUAAUGUUAUGACCGCGCAAGGCUCGGACCUGCUCGGAGCCCUAGUAUAUAAACCCUGGUAAUUUCACAGUCAGGGACUCUGAUUUUUUUGGAAUUAAAGGCACAUUCUUAUUACUAAAUUUUUCUCUAAUAAAUAUUAUUUUUAGGCAUUUUCAUUAAAAGUAAGUUAGAAACAUUAUUCAUAUUUUUGCAUAUAAUAGAGUUUUUUGCAUAAGAUUUAAGACUAAGGUAUAGGGAUAUUUAAUCCUACAGUUUUAAGAUUGAUUGAGCAUUGUAAAUGUGAGUUUGAGAAUUGUAUUAUUUAUGAUAAAUUGUUGAAUGCAUUGAUGUACUAUUGAUGCAAGUUAGUUAAGAAUAAAAAUUUGUUGAAUUUUA